AUGCUCUCUUCACUCGCCACCCCUCCAACCCCAGCGAUGCCGCCCCCCUGCGACGGCCUCAUGCGAGACUCGACCACGGUGUGGACCUCACUGGGGCCAUCAGCCGCCGACACGCCGCCGCCAGAGGAAGUGACCGAAGAGUUCUUCCACAACACCACCACGACGACGACGUCCUGCUCGACGACGACGCACGGCAGCCAGCUCGACCUCGACCUCAACCCCGUGUCGGACACGGAGACGCCAGUCGUGGCGGUCAUCGGCGUCGGCUACGUCGGGCUGCACCUCGUCACGACCUUCGCGGCGGCGUCGUUCGCGGUGCUGGCCUACGACGUCAGCGCGAAGCGGCUGGCGGCGCUCGCGGCCGACGUCCUGACGCCGGACGCGUACCCGUCCGUCGCGCUGACGUCGACGCCGGCCGACCUCCGGCGCGCGACGCAUUUCCUCGUGGCGGUGCCGACGACGCUGCUGCUGCCCGACAAGCGCGUCGACACGUCGUUUGUGCGCGCGGCGCUGGCGACGGUGGGGACGUAUGCGCGGCCCGGCGCGACGGUCGUGGUCGAGAGCUCUGUCGGCGUGGGCAUGACGAGGAGGCUGUUGGGGAACUUGAUGAGGUCGCGGAACUUGAAGGCCGGCAUGAGCCCUGAGCGCGUCGACCCAGGCCGACAAUCGCCACCAGUAUCGCACAUCCCGAAGCUAAUCUCCGGACUCGACGACAUCACGCCCGGCUCACUCGCCUCGAUCCACACACUCUACGCCGCCGCCUUCGGGCACGUCGUGGCUGUGUCGUCGCCCGAGGUGGCCGAGAUGACGAAGCUGUACGAAAACUGCCAGCGCAUGGUGAACAUCGCGUACGCCAACGAGAUGGCCGACGCGUGCGCGGGGCUGGGCAUCGACGCGCACGAGGUGGCCGCCGCCGCCGCCACCAAGCCCUUCGGCUUCGCGCCCUACGCCCCCGGCUUGGGAGUCGGCGGCCACUGCAUCCCCGUCAACCCGUACUACCUGCUCGAGAGCUGCGAGUUCCCGCUGCUGCGCCACGCGGCGGAGAAGAUGUGGCGGAGGCCGGCGGAGGUGGGGGAGAGGGCGAUGAGGGAGGUUUGUGGGAGGAAGGGCGAGGGCGAGGGCAUUAAGGGCGCGUGGCCGGCGGCGGUGCUGGUGGUCGGGGUGGGGUUUAAGCCUGGGCAGAGCGUGUUGAGUUGCAGUCCGGGGAUUGCGUUGAUGAAGUAUCUGCUGCAGGAGUGGGAUGUGGAGGUGGUGUUUGCGGAUCCGUUGGUCGGGGAGGAGCAGGUGCCGUUUGCGCCGAGAUUGGAUGUCGAGAGGGAGUGGAGUGUGGAGGGGCUGGGGAGGUUUGAUUUGAUCGUGGUGGCCAUCAGGCAGCAUGGGCUGGACUUUCGGGUGUUGGGGGAGUUGGGGGAGAACGUGAUGGUAAAGUGGUGUUGUGCAUGA